AUGCCUAAAGGUUAUCCCGAAUCUGUUACUAAAGAUUAUUGGGAAUUUACUAAAUGGCAACUUAUUCAAAAUAUUUCGGGAUCUUUAACUGGAGUUUUAUCUACACAGUCAUUAUUAUUCGCAAUGGGAUUAGGAAACAAAUCAAUACCUAUGGCAGCAGCUUUAAAUUGGAUUAUUAAAGAUGGAUUAGGUCAAUUUGGAGGUGUAAUUUAUGCAGCAUUCAUAAAUAAUCGAUUUGAUUCCGAACCUAAACGUCAUCGAUUUCAAUCUAUUGUGGCCAUGCAAUUAGCUGCUUUAUUGGAAUUAUUUACUCCUUUAUUUCCUGGAAUGUUUUUAUUUAUAGCAUCUAUUUCAAAUAUUGGAAAAAAUAUUGCAUGGCUUGCUGGAUCUGCAACUCGUGCACAAAUAAAUAAAACUUUUGCAUUACGAACCGCCUUAGGAGUUAUCUUAAGUGCCACAAUGACUUCAAUACCAUUUUCAUUUAUUCCUAAUAUUGAACAAUUAUCAGUAUUUUUAUCUUCACCCAUGACUCCAAUUUUUUUAUCUUUCAUUCCAAUUUCAAUUUUUAGUAUUUAUUGUAAUUAUCGUUCUAAUCUUUAUAUUACCACCAAUACUCUUAACAUACCUCGAACUGAAAUGAUCUUACAUGAUGUUUUAAAUGGAUAUUAUUCCUCCAAAGAUUACUUAUCUAAAAAUAAUUCUUACAAAGAAGGGAAAGAAGAAGAAAUAUCAGAACCACCACCUUUGGAUUUGCAACAACAACAACCUAUUAUAAAUAAAUUCAAGAAUCUAAUAGCAACACCUAGAAAUAUAUCAACCAGGGAAAUAUUUGUUAAAAAAUAUCUUUCUCCAUUUAAGAUACCAUUAACUAUUGAACCUGAUUUAGAUAAUUAUAUUAUCUUAAAAGAGCUACAACAAAAACAAGAAAACCUAUAUAAGAAUAAGAAUAAUUAUUAUUAUGAGAUUAAUUUAUAUAAUUGUUUAAAACAAAUAGGAUUUUUAUGUCCUGAAGAAUAUUAUAUUUUUACUCAUACCACUACUAACAAUAAUAAUAUUGCUAAUACAAAUACUACCAUAAAUACUCAUCCUUUUUCACAUAUUUCGGAAAACAAUAGUAGUCAACAAAAUAAAAAACAUCAUGUGGCUAUUUGGUUUAGUCAAAAUGCAAAAUCCAAAGAUAUUAUUAAAGGAUUUUAUCAUGCUUGCGUUAUUCGAUAUAUAUUGGAACAUGAAAAAUCAUUAGUAAAUUCUUUAAGUAAAGAUUCUAAUUCUCAAAAUUAUGAUGAUAAUUUGAAUAUUAUUAGAAAAACUCAUGAAUGGGUAAAUAAUUCAUUUGAUAUAUUUCUUAAUGAACUUGUUGAAAAAAGGUGGGAUAUUGAACAUCAUUUUUUGGAAAAUAUUAGUUAUAGUAAAGUAGAUGGAAAUAGAUUAUUGGUUGAAUUCAAUUUACAAAUUAAUUCGAAAGCUAAAGAAGAAAACAGAGGAAUGGCAAUGGUGUUAAGUUGA